AUGCCACCAAAGGUCGCACAAAUUCCAAUCAAGAAAGAUGAAGAUAGCACAUACCGUUACAAGAUGCCACGUUUAACCCCACGUAAGCUUUCUAGCGGUAAUGGUGUUAAGACUUCAAUUAUCAACAGUGCAGAUAUCGCAAAAGCCAUUGGCCGUACACAGGCUCUUCUUACACAGUGGUUUGGUUAUGCUCUUGCUUGCCAAGCUCGUAUCAACCCAUCAUCCAGUCAAAUCAUCAUGAAUGGUGACCACCCAGCUAAAAAACUCCAAGAUUCGCUUUAUGAAUUCAUUGAUAAUUUCAUUCUUUGCCCACACUGCUUAAACCCAGAAACUACAAUGGAAAAGAAAGGUUCCCAAUUAAUUCUUGUUUGCCACGCUUGCGGUCACUCCGAUCCAGCUUGUGUUGGCAGCCAUGCUACAUACAUUCAGAAGACCCUUGACUGGAUUCUCUCUCACAUUCAGAGCGAGCAGACAAAGGGCCAAAAUGUUACACAGCGCGCACAUGGUCGUCUUGAUGAGAUCGAUGAAUACGAAAAGCAGAAGGCUAACGAGCAGAACGAAGCUACAACCGGCGUCGAAAUCAACGUUGAAGAAUUCAAGAAGAUCGAAGCCGAGCUCGAUGCUCAAAACCAGAAGGCCGUUGAGCGCCCAACAGAAGCAGAAGAAAAUGCCUACUUCGAGAAGUUCGGAAAGCAACUCGUUGGAGAAGAAACAGAUGCUGAGAUAUUUGAAGAAUUCAACAGCAUGGCAGAACGUGGUGGUUGGAACAGCCCAACACGCUGCGCUAUUAUUUUUGAAUACCUUUUCCGUGGCGAGCCAACCGAAAUUCUUAAUUCAAUAGAAGACCGCCGCGGCUUCAUUAUCCGUGUCCUUAACGAGGAUGGUAUCCAAAAGGACUUCCAGACAGCUAUGGCCAGCUUCAUCGAAAAGAAGGUUCCAGAACUUUUCACAUCAGCUCCAGUUAUUUGGCACUGCAUGUACAAUAACGAAAUCAUCGAAGAUUCUGCUUUCCUUGCUUGGUACACUGCACGCCCAUCAAAGCGUUUCGAAGACCCAGAAAAGGCCAAGAAACUUCGUGAAAUGCUCGCUCCAUUCAAGACAUGGAUUGAAACUGCUGAAAUCGAGCCAGAGCCAGAAGAGGACGUCAAAGAGGAAGAAGAGAAGCCAGAAGAGAAGGCUGAAGACAAGAAGGACGAUAUCAACAUUGACGACAUCUAA